AUGCAACCAGUUGAGGCCCCAGGACCAGCUGUUCUCUCUAAGCCCCUCACGGUAACUGUUGUCGGGGUUAUUCUUAUUCUUUUAGUGCGAAGACUGCACUGGACUCUGAAGCUGCGAAAGCUAGAACGGCUCUACAGCUGCGAAAGUCUGCGCAAUGAGAAUGGUAGUUUUCGAUAUGAUUUUCUCGGCAUCGCCAAGGCCAUCGAAUUAGCAUUUCAUUUCAGGCGCCGGAGCUCCCUUCCCUACACCAAUGCAUUGUUCAAGAAAUACGGGGAGACCUAUGCCUCCAAUGUUCUCAGCUAUCGGCUCAUCUUUACCUGCAGCGCGGAGAAUAUCAAACAUUUGUUAUCCACAGCAUUUGCCGACUUUGACAGCUCCCCACUACGAAAGCCCUUAUUUGAGCCUAUCACCCCGCAUGGCAUUUUUACCCAGGAUGGUGCAGGAUGGAAGAAAAGCCGAGAUCAGUUGCGCACUCGCCUGUCUAACCUCCGCAAAAUUGUUGACUUGGACCAAUGCGAGCGCCAUUUUCAGGCUUUUCUUCAGCAUGUCCCACCCAAUGGGCAGGCGUUUGACGCUCAAGCUUGUGCUUUUGCCCUCGCUUUGGAUAUGCAGACCUUGUUCUCGCUAGGGGAGUCGGUUGAUGCCCUUAGUUUUUCUCAGUCUAGAGAAAAGAAGCAAUUCUUAACAGACCUGCUUUUUGUCAAGGAGACGAUUGUGCAGGAUGGCUUUCGUGGCCCGCUCCGGUAUCUAUAUCCUAAGCAACGGUUUUUGCAAUGCUGUAAGAGAGCACGAAGAUAUGUGAUAGCUCAUGUAACUCGGCAGCUCAAAGAACGCAGUAGCAUGAGCGAAAAGGCAGAAGGGGUUUCUCCCGGGCGCGAUUGCAGCACGGAAGACGAGCAAGUCUCUCUGCGGGCAGAUCAGGCGCUGAGUAUUCUUCUCGCAAAUGACAGCAUGAGCACCACCCUCUCGGGUCUUUUCUUCUGUCUUUCCCAUGAUAAGAGAGUUGUCCACAAGCUAAGAGCAAGCAUCCUUGACGCCGUUGGGUUGGCACCUCCAACAUGGGGCCAGCUCGGAUCUCUGCACUAUGUCCGUUGGGUCCUCCAGGAAGUAAUGAGGCUCUUUCCGGCAGUUGUCUUCAAUGCCAGGGUAGCCAACAAGGACUCUACCCUGCCAACCGGUGGUGGGACUGACGGCAACUCCCGAGUUCUAAUUCGCAAAGGCGAAAUCGUGGUCUUUUCUACCUGGGCUAGGCAUCGUCUGGGGGAGGACUUUGGCGAGAACCCAGAGGAAUUCUAUCCAGAACGGUGGGAACAUCUGAAUGGAGACAUGAUUGGGUUUAUUCCGUUCAACAAGGGACCUCGAGCCUGCCCUGGUCAACAUUAUGCUAUGAUUGUGCUCACCUAUCUUGUGGCUCGUAUAUUUCAGACAUUCUCAACGGUCUCGAAUUAUAAUACACAUGAUUGGACGGAGAGGAUCAGCAUGACGCUCGAGAACGAAAAUGGUGUUUUCAUAGGUCUAAGCUAA